GUCUGUCUUUAACCAUCUGUCAUUAUUCAGUCAGUAUGGAGCUCAGUCCACUUCCUCUUGUGCUCUUGCUGAUUUCAAACAUCUACUCUGGACACACUGAAGAAAAAGUCAGGUUAGGUGUUUCUCCUCAGCAGUGGUUGACUGAAGGAGAUCCAGUGACUCUGAUCUGUGAGGUUAAAGGCUCCUCUACAGGCUGGACAUUCAGCUGGUUCACUGUAACUGAAACUGUCUCAUCAGACUUCAGGGAUCAUUAUAAGCUGCUCUCAGACAGCAGCAGAGGAGCUGGAGGAAAAUACACUAUCAGUUCUGCUACUGUAAAUCACACUGGAGUUUAUGUGUGCAGAGCAGAGAGAGAAGAAACAGACUAUAAAACAUUGUACAGCAACAAACAACCACUGUGGGUCACUGCUGUAAUUGUCUUUUCAGGUGUUUCUCCUCGAGUGUCUCUGAUUAUCAGUCCCAGCAGAACUCAACACUUCACAUCUGUCUCUCUCUCUCUGAACUGUGAGGACCAGAGUAACUCUGAUGGAUGGACAGUCAGAAGAUACACAGACAUUUGGGGGCUGGAAGAUUGUUCAUCAUGGGGAUCACAAACAGGAUCUACAUGUACAAUCAGAUUCACCAGCACAUGGGACACUGGAGUGUACUGGUGUCAGUCUGAAUCUGGAGAGAAAUCUCAUCCUGUUAAUAUCACUGUACAACAUGAAGCCCAGUUAAGUGUUUCUCCUCAGCAGUGGUUGACUGAAGGAGAUCCAGUGACUCUGAUCUGUGAGGUUAAAGGCUCCUCUACAGGCUGGACAUUCAGCUGGUUCACUGUAACUGAAACUGUCUCAUCAGGGAGCAGAAAUCAUCGUCUGCUCUCAGACAGCAGCAGAGGAGCUGGAGGAAAAUACACUGUCAGUUCUGCUACUGUAAAUCACACUGGAGUUUAUGUGUGUGGAGCAGAGAGAGAAGAAACAGCCUAUAAAACAUUGUACAGCAACAAACAACUACUGUGGGUCACUGGUGUUUCUCCUCGAGUGUCUCUGGUCAUCAGUCCCAACAGAUCUCAACACUUCACAGAUGACCCUCUCUCUCUGAGCUGUGAGGACCAGAGUAACUCUGAUGGAUGGACAGUCAGAAGAUACAGAGACCGUUGGGGGAUGCAAGAUUGUUCAUCAUCACACUGGGGAUCACAAACAGGAUCUACAUGUACAAUCAGAUUCACCAGCACAUGGGACACUGGAGUGUACUGGUGUCAGUCUGAAUCUGGAGAGAAAUCUCAUCCUGUUAAUAUCACUGUACAAAUUGGUGUGAUUCUGGAGAGUCCUGUUCAUCCGACUGAAGGAGAUACUCUGACUCUACACUGUUUAGAUGAGUUUUCAACCCCAUCAAUCCUCAGAGCUGAUUUCUAUAAAGAUGAAUCACUCAUCCAGAGUCAAACUACAGAGAUGAUCAUCUCUACUGUCUCAAAGUCAAAUGAGGGUUUCUACUACUGCAAACACCCAGAGAGAGGAGAGUCGCCCAAGAGCUGGAUCUCAGUCAGAGAAAGACCAAAACCCAAAGUGAUCAUUAAACCUGAUCAACAUGUAUUCAGUGGGGAGACAGUCACUCUCAGAUGUGACAUUGAUGCUGAAGGAGUCACUAGCUGGAGGUUCAACUGGUAUAAAGAAGGUUCAACCAGUGUUUUCAGUGAACAACAGGAACACACAUUCAGUUCUGUUACUGAGUCUGAUGCAGGUAAAUACUCCUGUAAUGGAUCAGAGACUCAAGGAUCACACAGAUCACACAUCAGUGAUGAAGUUACACUGACAGUAUCAGCAUCAGGAUCUGAUGGUGUCAAUUUCAAACCUGUGAUAAUUGGAGUGACUGCAGGACUGACUGUUGUAUUUUUGAUCAUUGUCUUCUUGGUCCUGCUGUGGCGCUUCAGAAACAACAAAGGUGGAAGAUCUGAGUCUCCCUCUGCUGUCCGUCAACAUCAGAACAUCAGUCAGACAUCAGAGCAGAACCAGAGUGAAGCCGGAUACAACACACCGCUGUCUGGAACUGCACAUGUUUAUGACACAGUUGAUGCAACUAUUAAUAAAGACAGAAGCACAGACGGUAUAAGAGCGCCGACUGAGAUCACAUAUGCUGAGAUUGAGCUCAAAUCUACAAACAAACAGAAGAAAGAGAAAGAAAACAAAGACAAAAACACUGAGAGUUGUGACGUCCUGUACUCUCAACUGAAGCUGGAAACAGAUCAAGGUUCUGGAUCUAGUGAUGUGACGUAUGCUCAGGUUAAAUAAAUGCCUGAAGGAGAAACUUCAAUCCCAGGAUGCUGAUGAGUUUACUGUAGGAUCACUUGAAGAACUGACUGUAAUAUUAGUAAGCCUUCAUGUGCUUCAGAGACACCCCCAAUUCCAGAAAAGUUGGGACAUUUUGUAAAAUGCAAUAAAAUUAAGAAUCUGUGA